AUGGCGCAAUGACGCCCUUCUAGCUCGCGAGCUGCCGGACGAACAAACCGUAGACGCUUUUCGGUCCCUCGCGCACACUGACAGCCUGAUUCGAGUCUACAUCAAGAACAAGGUGUCCCCUUUAUCUCCCCUGUCCAAAAAUGGCAGACCCGAUGGAGAUAGACGAUUCAUUGUACAGUCGGCAGCGGUAUGUCCUGGGAGACAGCGCCAUGAAGCAGAUGGCUCGGUCGUCUGUGUUCCUGAGUGGAAUGGGGGCUCUGGGUUUGGAAAUCGCCAAGAACAUCGUCCUUGCCGGAGUGAAGUCAGUCACGUUGCAUGACAGUCAGCAGUGUGAGGUCUGGGAUCUGGGCACUAACUUCUUUAUCCGAGAGGAGGACAUUCAGAGCGGGAAGAAAAGGGUGGAGGCCGUACACUUCCGGGUUGCUGAGUUAAACCCUUAUGUGCAGGUCAGUGUAUCCAGUUUGCCCCUGAACGACACGACUGAUCUCAGCUUCCUUCUUAAGUACCAGUGCGUUGUGCUAACAGAGACAAGCUUGAGCUUGCAGAAGAGGGUUAACGGUUUUUGUCACUCUCAACAGCCUCCGAUUAAGUUUAUUAGCGGUGAUGUUUUGGGGAUCUGUUCGCGAGUGUUCUGUGAUUUCGGGGAGAGCUUUGAGGUGUUGGACCCGACAGGGGAGGAGCCUAAAGAGCUUUUCAUUCAGAACAUCAGCCAGGAGAACCCCGGCGUUGUGACGUGCUUGGACAGCCGCGCGCACGGCCUCCAGACAGGACAGAGCGUGUGUUUCCGAGAGAUCGUCGGCAUGACCGAGCUCAACGGCACCACACACCAAAUUACAGUUAUCUCUCCGUACAGCUUCACGAUCAGCGACACGUCGUCCUUCCAGCCGUAUCUCCACGGUGGAAUCUUACGGACGGUCAAAACCCCCAAAACCCUCAGCUUCGAGACGAUGGAGCAACAGUUACACAACCCACAGCUUCUUAUUCCAGACUUCAGUAAACCCGAGGCACCGCUGCAGAUCCACGCCACUAUGAUAGCGCUGGACGUCUUUAAGGAACAACACAACAGGCUGCCGGUUAUAGGCUGUUGGCAGGAUUCAGAUCUCUUGCUAAAGAUUACCGAGGAGGUCAACGGGACUCUUAAAAACAAAGCGAACGUGAACCCGUCUUUAGUGAGGUGCGAGUCGCGUUGUGCAAGAGGUUGCCUCGCUCCCCUGGCAGCUGCAGUGGGAGGCUUUGCCAGUCAGGAAGUGCUGAAGGCUCUUACCGGAAAGUUCAUGCCACUCCAACAGUGGUUUUAUCUGGACGCCUUAGAAGUGGUCCAACCCCUCCAGUCACUUCCUGUAGAGGAGUUUGCACCCAGGGGUGAUCGAUACGACGCUCUGAGGGCUUGUAUCGGCGAAUCGUUUUGUGUGGAGUUGCACAAGCUUCGAGUCUUUAUGGUGGGCUGUGGUGCUAUAGGCUGUGAGAUGCUGAAGAAUUUUGCACUGCUCGGCGUGGGGUUGACCAGAUGCUCAGGGGAGGUUUUCAUCACCGAUCCAGAUCUUAUAGAGAAGUCCAACCUCAACCGCCAGUUUCUUUUUAGACCUCGUCAUAUACAGAAGCCGAAAAGCGUCACGGCGGCCGCAGUUACGUUACAGAUAAAUCCUGAGCUGCAAGUCGACGCUCACCUGCACAAGGUGUGUCCGGCCACAGAGGACAAAUUCAACGACGCUUUCUAUUCACGUCUCAAUCUGGUCAUCACCGCGCUGGAUAACGUGGAGGCUCGGAGAUACGUGGACAGUCGAUCCGUGUCCAAUCAGAAAGCGUUACUCGACUCCGGGACCAUGGGGACAAAAGGACACACAGAGGUCAUUGUGCCAAACCUGACAGAGUCCUAUAACAGCCAUAGAGAUCCACCAGAGGAGGAGAUACCGUUCUGCACUCUAAAGUCUUUCCCUGCUGUGAUCGAGCAUACCAUACAAUGGGCCAGGGACAAGUUUGAAAGCGCCUUCUCUCACAAGCCCUCCAUGUACAACAUGUUCUGGCAGAACUACGUGUCCACUUUCGAUGUAUUAAAGAGGUUGAAAGCCGGGGAGAGCAUGGACGGUGUGUUUCAGGUCAUUAAGGUGUUGAGUUGCCGGCCCACGCGCUGGGAGCACUGCCUGGCUCUCGCUCGCCUCAAAUUUGACAAAUACUUCAAGAGGAAGGCGCUACAACUAUUGCACUCGUUUCCACUGGACACACGACUAAAAGACGGCACUCUGUUCUGGCAGUCUCCCAAACGCCCUCCAUCCCCUAUCGAGUUCGAUCUCAAAGACCUGCUGCACUUGAAGUUCGUGGUCAGCACGGCUCGGCUUUUCGCAGGAAUUUAUAACGUUCCCUAUUCGGAAAAGAACCUGAGUUACGAGGCCGUGACAUGCUUCUUGGCUGAAGUCGAGAUUCCAGAGUACAAGCCGGCAGAGAAGGUAGCCGCUCGUACCUCGUACCCUCUAAUUACCUUUAUAGAGCCGUCAGGUGCUUCUCAGGAUGACCAUAUAGAAACGGAUGAAACGGUUAAAAAGCCUGAUCAUUUGAAGCUGUCGGUAAGCAGCGAGGAGGAACGCGAAGCCAUAUCACAGCUGGAGGCAGCCACCUCAUCUGGUUUUACGCCAGAGAGCAUGCGUAUGACACCGUCGCUUUUUGAGAAAGACGAUGACUCGAACGGUCAUAUGGAUUUCGUGGAGUCGGCGUCAGCUCUGAGGGCCCGCAUGUACUCAAUCGAAGCUGCCGAUCGCCUUCAGACCAAACGAAUCGCCGGCAAAAUCAUCCCCGCUAUCGCCACGGCUACCGCCGCCGUCGCCGGCUUGGUGGCGCUGGAGCUGAUCAAAGUCACAGGGGGUUACGGCUUCGAAUCGUUUAAGAACUGCUUCUUCAACCUGGCCAUCCCCAUCAUGGUCCUAACAGAGACGGCUCGGGUCAAAAGGACGCAGAUCAGAGAUGACAUCUCCUUCUCCAUCUGGGAUCGCUGGUCCAUCACAGGUCAUGUGGACUUCACCCUGUCUGAGUUCAUCAGUGCUGUAAAGGAGAAGUACGGUAUCGAGCCCACUAUGGUAGUCCACGGAGUGAAGAUGCUCUACGUGCCCAUCAUGCCUGGACACAGCAAGAGACUCAAACUGACUAUGCAGAAGCUGAUGAAGCCUUCAGCAGACAGGAAGUACGUCGAUCUCACCGUGUCUUUUGCUCCAGAGACGGACGGGGGCGAGGAUCUGCCCGGCCCUCCUGUCCGCUAUUACUUUAGACACGAGAGUGUGGAGAUGGCCUGACACACACACACACGCACACACACACACACACACACACACACACACACACACACACUGAUAUUACACCCUCCCUUAUCUUCCCCUGUGGACCACUAGUGGAGUAGCACUUGAUCAAUCUGUACAUAGUGAAACUUGUUUUUUGUUUUCUACGGGUUAGUAAUUUUAUUGCAUAUCUCCGUCAGUGCCAAUGCCUUAAAACAUAGUGUCCACGAUGAUGAUGAUGAUGAUGAUGAUGGAGGUUAUUAAUUAUGUUAUUGAUCUCACCGUCGAGAAACAGUGUUUACACUCCUAAAGCUAACUGAUGGCUAUUUUUUUGUUAGCGCAUACACAUUAGGGAUCGAUGCUGAACGAAUUUACUAACGCAGAUCGUUAGUGACGUAAAAUCUCCAGCGUUUCCUGUUCAGCCCAGAUCAAGACACGCAGCUUCACUGUGUAAUAUGCAAACUGAAGAAAGAUAAAAAUAAAACAGCUCUAUUUAUUUCUACGCUUUUCCUCAAGCCGAACAGGAAAUUCAACGUACGUAACGAGCUCAAAGAAAACGUCCCGUCAUCCGAAAGACUGCCCAGAGGAAUCGAUUCAACGUACCGAACAAAUCACUACGUCAGCGACAUAACGCGCUCCCUGCAGCACUGUGAGUCGUGUGCAUCCGUCUGCUUUCAUUCCAAUUCUCUCUGUUCGGGAGAAGUCACUUUCUUUUACACACUUGGACGAAUGUGGAAGAAUCUUGGACACUUUGCUGGGAUAUUAUCAUGUAGCUCACAGCCCUGAACAGGAAGUAAAGGAGAGCAAAACUGUGUGUUUUUUUUUUUUCAUUUACUUCCUCUAUUAAAAAAAAGGCUCUUAUAACAAGGUUCUCCAUUUCCCAGAACUUGUAACCAUGGUGUUCUCCGUAUUCAUGAAUAAAAUGAUGUCCAACAUUUCACAGCUCUAAAAAAAUAAAUAACUAAAUAAAUAAAUGAAACCAA